UGCCGGAGACUGUGCUGGCUGGAGAACGAGCCGAGCCGAGCCGAGCCGAGCUGAGCUGUCGUCCUCAGGAUUUAAUUUUAAUUCAAUUCAAAAGGCGCUGCACUUUUAACACGGGGGAGGUCGACACACGAGGAGCGGGUCCGUUUGGGUUCCAGCGAUGAACGUUGCGGAGGGAGAUCUGUUUCACAGCAGCGCCGGCAUUUCUCUCAAAGCGAGGGACAUCGUGAAUGACACAUUCAUCGAGCGCUACGCUCACUCCACGUUCAGCUACGGCGGUGCUGUCCGCGGUGCUGAAACCAGAGAGGGCUGGGUGGCCGGCCAGAGCUGCGGUCCCUACACCCUGGGCCACGGAGCCACGGCUGCCGAGAGCAGCGAGGAUCAGACCGAGGACGAGGAGGACAGCGACGGCCGAUCGGCCGGCAGUGCUCGCAACGCGGGCAGCGACACCGAGGGCAAACUCAAAAGUUCGGGGGGAAAGAAGGGCAAAGAGCCGCGCUCGCUGCGGCUGAGCAUCAACGCGCGGGAGAGGAGGAGGAUGCACGAUUUAAACGAUGCCCUCGAUGGCUUGAGAUCCGUCAUCCCCUACGCCCACAGCCCCUCCGUGAGAAAACUGUCCAAAAUCGCCACGUUACUGCUGGCGAAAAACUACAUUCUGAUGCAGGCUCAGGCUCUGGAUGAAAUGAGGCGGCUGGUGGCGUAUUUGAACCAGGGGCAGACUCUGUCCGGACCCAUGCCCUCUGCGGCCGCGCUGACCAACACUCUUAGCACCUUUGGACAAGCCGCAGUCUACCCCUUCACUGGCAACUCGCUCGCGUCUUGCCCCGACAAAUGCACCGUGUAUACCGGCACACCCUCCAGCCUUUGCAAACAUUGUAACGACAAGUCUUAAUCAACGUGUCACUCCUAUCCAUCCAUCCAUCUGUCCGUCCAUCCAUU